CAUUGCAGUCAUGUCCUAAGAGUGUGUCUGGAGUCCAGAGGAGGUCUCAAGUCAACCACGCAGCUACAAGUCCACUACCCCCAGGUCCCAGUCAAAGCCUGGUUCCAUACAAUGGCUGCUUUGUACUCAUUCCUUUGCCCUCCUCUUGGGUGAGCGAGAACCCUGCUGUGAAUUGUCUCCUCCCAACCUUCAAAAUGUGGAUGUAUUGUCCGAUUCUUUUCCUUAUAUUCUGGACAUCCUCUGCCUCUUCAUGGCAGUGUCCAACAAGCUCCAUCCAGUCUUUGAACCCUGACGUCCGCUAUGUGCUGCCCACCUUCACCACACUAGAGCCUAUUCAGAAUAUAGCUGCCACGGAUGACCAAAACUCCAUAGUGUUUCUUACCACCACCAACCACCUGCAUGUGGUCAGAUACGAUGACUUUCACCUCUUGCAAGAUCUUAUCACUGGUCCCACCGAUCACCCUGAGUGUAGGCUGUGCUCUAAAUGCAUGAUGGGUAAUGCUAACCCAGGGCAAAGAGAGGACACGGACAGCAAAGUCUUGGUGGUGGAUCCAGAGGAUAAUAUUCUGUACAGCUGUGGCUCCUCUUUACAUGGACUUUGUUUCUUACAUGAAUUUGAUGACACUGGGAUCAUCGAUUCUACCUGUCUGUUCCGACAGGAGGAUAAUGCUCCUUUAUCAUGCAGAGAUUGUAUUGCCAGCCCACUAGGCACUAUGAUUACAGUGGUACAACAUAUAAGAAAUGUCUACUUCUAUGUUGCAUCUUCUGUGAAUUCUAACUUAACAAAGAAUUACGGUACAACGUCUAUGUCAAUUAGGCGGCUCCUUGCAUCUCAAGAUGGGUUUUCCGGUAACUUUCACUCACUGACAGUAGUCCCGCAGUUUCUGGACACCUAUCCUAUCAACUAUGUUUACACAUUCAGUACCUCAGAUUAUGUCUAUUUCUUGACCGUGCAGCCAGAAAAUCUCCAAUCCCAAACCUAUACCAGUCGACUUGUACGUCUCAGCGCCAAAGAGGAAGAAAUGAAAAGCUACCGGGAGUUGGUACUAGAGUGCCGCAAUGAAGUGAAGCGUCGUCGCAGGUCAGACCCCAAAACCUUCAAUGUCUUGCAAGCGGCACAUGUUGUUGGUGUAGGGAAUGACUUGGCGGCCGAGCUGAACCUUGAACCUGGAGACCUUGUGCUCUUUGCUGCCUUUGCCCAGAGUGAACCAAACAGUGAGAAACCACAGAAUUCCUCAGCAGUGUGCGCUUUCCCCCUAAAGUUUAUAGACAUUUCCAUCAUGGAAGGAAUGAAGAAAUGUUGCAGCAUCGAGUACAAGGAAAAAUUGUCAAGAGGCCUCCGCUACUACCAAGAUGACCAUUACUGCCCCCAAAAUGUGAAUGAAUCCGCCUCAUUUACUGACCGCAGUUGUUGGGGUGUUCCGACCCUUGUGACUCCACCCAUGGCUCGUCUGGAUCUGUUUAAUGGACGUUUGGAUGGGUUCCUCCUGACAGCUUUAUAUGUCACCACCCAGGACAAUCUCACCAUUGGUCAUCUAGGAACUUCAGAUGGUUGUGUGCUACAGGUCAUCUUGCAGCGUAACAGUAAUUCUCGCUUUCUGUCUAAGUUUGCACUGAGCAGCAGUUAUCCAGUGUUACGUGAUGUCACCCGCAUUGGUGAUGACCUUCUUUUCAUCACUGGGAACCAGGUUACUAAAGUCAGUGUCACAGGGCCCGGCUGCCGUCACAUUCUCACCUGUAGCCGCUGUCUCCGGGCCCCUCGCUUCAUGGGCUGUGGAUGGUGUAACAAUGGAUGCUCUCGUAGGACGGAAUGUCAAGGUGAAUGGAAUCAGAACACCUGCCCACCAAUAAUCACUGAUUUUUAUCCUAGAGUUGCUCCUUUGCGGGGUCGGACCACCAUAACCAUAUGUGGGAGAGAUUUCCAAUCUCAUAAGGUCUUUAAUGGACCUCCCAAUGCACAGAUUACAGCACAGACUCAUCAGGUGUUUCUUGGGCAGCGGCCUUGCUCUGUGGACCCAGGAAAGAGCAACAGCAAAAGCCUGGUGUGCACACUAUGGACAGAGGGACCCCCAGAUGCUGCGUCUCCUGCUGACAUAGUUGUAACAAUUAAAGAAAAUCUGAAAAACAUUGCAUAUUACGUGCAUGGCAUUGCAACCGUUAGUGGGUUCAACUUUGUGGAGCCGGUGCUAAUGUCUGUGUCUCCAUCUUUCGGGCCAUUAUCUGGCGGAUCUCGUCUCACACUGAAGGGUCAGAAUCUGACAGCAGGAGAGAUUCAGCUUGUGUAUAUCGGAGACUCGGAGUGCACCAUAUACAACCAGUCAUGUCUAGCUGGUGACCUGUGCUGCAUCUCCCCCUCAGUCUCUUCUCUGGGACUCAGAAACAUCACCUUAAGGUUGGACAGUGCGGAGACCCCUCGCCAUCAGUCUUUUACCUACAAGCCAAAUCCAGUUGUUAAUAGUAUUCAACCCAACUGCAGCCUGGCAAGGGGAAGCUCUCUGACCAUUCAGGGCUUAAACCUGGAUUCUGUAUCCAGUAUAACGGUUGAGUAUCAAGGAAAAAAGCAGGUCUGUGAAGGUCCCUUCUCCCCUAACCGUAUCCUCUGCAGAACUCCAACAUUAGAGGAUAGGAUGUGGCGUGGGGAGCUGCAGCUGCAGCUGGAUGGAAUCCUCUAUACCUACCCUUUCCCCUCCUUAAAGAACUACAUUAUUCACUCGUUUGAAAAUGAUGAGAAGCGUUUCAAACUGAAAAAGGGGGAGACCGAGAUCGAAACGCAUCAUGAGUUCCUGUCACGGGUGAAUGGCUGCCUCAAUGUCUCCAUGACUGUGGAUGGCCGAGAGUGUUAUCCUAAAGUCCUGGAAAAUGAAAUUACCUGUAGGAUUCCAAAGGAUCUGGUCAUUCCAGCACAGGGGGCAGUUGUUCAGGUUUGCGUGGAUGGUGUCUGUACAGAUUUGGGUCACGUGGUUGUCCUCAAUUUACUGGACUCUGUCCAGGGAAUUGUGCUGGGGACUGUUGCUUCAUUACUGGUUGCUGCGGUUUUAAUUUUCCUUUUAUUAAGACAAAGAAAAAAAGGAAAAAAGAAAGUAGCGGAAAACCUGGAACUGCUGGUGAAUAACAGAGAAACCAUACACUCUCCAGUUGCUUUCCCUCAUGGUGACUACAGGGAGUCUUAUAUCCCAAGUGGCAGUUCUGGUGGAGUGUCAUAUCGUGGUGGCCUAUACUCUGGUGGCAGCAUUGGGGCUGGAUCCAUGCCCAUCCUUCUCACCAGCUUGUAUGAUAGCCUGAGGCCAGAGCUUCUGGAUGAAGUGAAGGACGUCCUGAUUCCUGAGAAUCGCCUGAUCACGCACCGUGACCGGAUAAUAGGGAAAGGUCAUUUCGGAAGUGUUUAUCAUGGAAUGUACAUAGAUGAGGAUGGCCAGGAAAUGCACUGUGCUGUCAAGUCCCUCAACAGGAUCACUGAUGUGGAGGAGGUGGAGGAGUUUCUCCGGGAGGGCAUCCUGAUGAAGGAAUUUCAUCACCCCCACGUCUUGUCUCUCAUUGGAAUAUUUCUGCCUCGUGAGGGUCUUCCCUUAGUUGCCCUCCCAUAUAUGUCUCACGGAGACCUGAGACACUUCAUCCGCAGCGAGGACCGGAACCCCACAGUGAAGGAUCUGGUCAGCUUUGGUCUGCAGGUUUCCCGAGGAAUGGAGUAUUUAGCACAGAGGAAGUUUGUGCACAGAGACCUGGCUGCCCGGAACUGUAUGCUUGAUGAGAUGUAUAAAGUGAAGGUAGCAGAUUUUGGCCUUGCUCGGGAUGUGUUUGAUAAGGAAUAUUACAGCGUUCGUCGCCAUAAGAAUGCACGUCUGCCGGUGAAGUGGAUGGCUCUGGAGAGUCUGCAGACUCAGAAAUUCACCACCAAGAGUGACGUGUGGUCUUUUGGUGUGCUGCUGUGGGAGCUAAUGACACGAGGUGCCCCCCCAUAUCCAGAUGUGGAUCCGUAUGACAUAACCAGAUACCUGUACAGGGGAAGACGUCUCCCACAACCGGAGUAUUGCCCAGACCCCCUCUACACCCUGAUGUUGCAGUGCUGGAGUCCACAUCCAGAGGAGCGACCAACAUUCACCCAGCUAGUCAGUGAGAUGGAGGUCAUCUCUAACUCCUUGUGGGGCGACCACUACAUUAAUCUGAACAUCACUUACAUCAACCUGGACCGUGAUCAGUUCUACCCGCCAGCACCACAUGGCUCAGAGGACGAGCUAAUGAGUGCCAUUACUGACGAGGAGGAGGAGGAGGAUGAUGAUGGAGGGGAUGGAGCAAAUGGAAUAAAGUGAGCUUUGUGUGACUCAGGCAGCAUGAGUUGGGUGGACGCUCCCUCUUGAUUUAUUCAAACAAAAAGGACACAAAAGCUCAGGCUCUUCGUAGGAUGAAAAUUUCCAAACGUGAACAGUAGUGGUGUGGGCAGAGCUUCAUCUAAAACAAAGUGGAAGUAAUAAGCAACAUCCUGCAGCCUCACAUUACAUUGUUACUUUACAUUGUCUUGGGAACUGACAAAAUGGCCAUAGCCUUGUGUACAGCCUUCUGUGGAGGGUGGCUUUUGCAUUGAGCCACAUUUUUCCCCCCACUCAUGCUGCAAGUAAAAUGCAAGCCAGAAGGGACAGUUGAAUCCUCACCCUGCUACACACCCCACCCCCAAGCUAUUAUUCGCAGAGGCCAUUUGUGUACAGUAGGUUAUUAUUUUGUGCUCAAACCAUUGUAAAUAAUUUUCAGUGAUUUCAGAGUCUAUUGUGGGGGAUGAUACUUGAAUUGUACAGGGCUCUACACUCUGUGUAUAUAUCGCUAACAAAGGGAAUAUUUUUGUACAAAGAUUUAGACCAAGAUGCUUUCUUGCCCUCAUGUUGAGA